CUCACCGGUUAAUACAGUAGACAACACUCAUCCGAAAGCGAGUGACAGACACGAGAGACAACAGAAGAAGAGAGGAAGGCGAUAAGUCCACACGGCCGUCCUCCGGUGCACCACGGGGUGCGCAUUCAAACUGACCAGCGCGUGAGCGCAGACGGACACCUUCCCCUCACCACAUCCAUCACUGAGCAGCCUCACUGCAGCUGACUUCUCCAUAGAACCGGAAAACAGGACGUGUGCAGAAGAAGAGGAAGAGGAGGGAGGUCAUGUUAACCCUUCAGGCUACUGUGACUGGGAGCUCAAUGAGGGUUUGAGCCUUUUGGGACGCAACAACUUCCUCCCAGGCAGAGGCACUCCACCACAGUUCAAAAACCAAAAGCAACCAGCAGCUCUUCCCUCAGGCACACUAAUUUGAUCACAACAAGACAUGGCCUUCACCCUGACAGAAAUCAUGGCAGCAAGGAGGCAGCAUUCCCAGGCCCAGUCACACUCCCAGAGAAGCAGCAGGUCCACAGUUGAGGUGGAUGAGUACAGCACCAACCCUACUCAGGCCUUCACCUUCUACAAUAUCAACCAGGGACGCUUCCAGCCGCCUCAUGUCCACAUGGUGGACCCAAUGCCUCACGACACCCCCAAGCCGCCUGGUUAUACACGCUUUGUGUGCAUUUCAGACACUCACUCCCGUACUGAUGCCAUCCAGAUGCCGUACGGGGACGUCUUUAUCCAUGCUGGAGACUUCACUGAGCUGGGACUACCCUCAGAGGUCAAGAAGUUCAACGACUGGCUAGGUACCCUUCCCUACGACAUCAAAAUAGUAAUUGCUGGAAACCAUGAGUUGACCUUUGACCAGGAGUUCAUGGCAGACCUCAUCAAGCAGGACUUCUACUACUUUCCCUCGGCCUCCAAGCUGAAGCCAGAGAAUUACGAGAAUGUCCAGUCACUGCUCACCAACUGCAUAUACCUGCAGGACUCUGAGGUCACCGUUCGAGGCUUCAGGAUCUACGGCUCUCCCUGGCAACCCUGGUACUAUGGCUGGGGCUUCAACCUGCCAAGAGGUCAGGCUCUUUUAGACAAGUGGAACCAGAUCCCAGACAACACGGACAUCCUGGUCACACACUGCCCCCCACUGGGUUUUCUGGACUGGGUCCCAAAGAAGAUGCAGCGUGUUGGAUGCAUGGAGCUACUCAACACAGUUCAAAGAAGAGUCCAACCCAAAUUACAUGUGUUUGGACACAUCCAUGAAGGCUACGGCAUGAUGACAGACGGCACCACAACGUUCGUCAACGCCUCUGCCUGCACUGUCAACUUCCUGCCCAUGAAUCCACCCAUUGUCUAUGACCUUCCCAACCCCAGGACCACAUGACUAGAGGAGGCUGGGCACCAGACCCCUACCACCAGUCAAAAGAAAGGAGCCAGGAGGUGAACUUAGAGUUAAAGAGCAGGACUCUGUAAAUAUGACACAACUCCCUCGGACAAUCUGUGGAGCUGACCUGGUGACAAAUGGAUACUCCAUGUUAUUUCAAGUGCUGUCAUUUAUUUAUCAAAACACUGAAUUUUACAGUACAUGCUCAGACUUCUGCAGACAUUUAUCCGCAGACAAAUGGACCCAUUUUUGACAAUCUGAUUCUGCUCUCAGAGACAACAGAAGACCCUUUUCAAUCCAUCAAAAUCAACAGUGAAACAAUCCAACACCUCAUCUACACAAGAGCUUUGGCUUUGAAUGUCAGGAGGAUUUCACACAGCUCUGACUACUUUUCAAUAAUUCCCUAUCUUUUUCCAAAUUUUCCUCCAAUCCCGGAUGUUAACGUGUGAAACAUCAGAGGAAAUGUGUGAGGGCAGCAGGAGGUCUCCGCCACAGGCUGAAUAUACUGAGGUGUCAGAUAUGUCGACACUGCUCUCCUGGGGCGCAUCGUAGCCCCAGGUUAGCCUCUGAACCAGCUGAAAGGAGAACACAGGGAAGUUUGUCCCAUCUUUAUGUAGCGCUAAUGUUCUUUUUCUCCUGUUUUAUCCUCUCCCUCCUUCAUGCUGUGACUAGUUCUGCUUAGCCACGGCUGGGAGGUGUGACUUUCUGGGACUUAAAGGAUGAUACGUGCUAAUGCUACUUCUUGCCAACGGAAGCUUGAAGCAGCAGUGGUUGUUUGAGGAAACUCGCAGGUAAAUUGUGGGAACACUGAACCUUUCUUUUCUUUUUCUUUUUUAAAGAGAAGUAAAGCACCAUGAACUGUAACUGGUGUUUGUAAAUGUUCACUCUCGCGGUAAAGAAAAAAAAAACUUGAACUUUUUCCUUAAAGAUUUCCAAACCAUUGAUGUGCUUUUCCAAGAAAAAAACAAAGAAAGAAAAACUUCAAUAUUUGUGUCCAGAAAUUUGUGGUAGGUAAAUUUUAUUUGGUCUGUUUCUUAGUAAUGUGAAUGCUUAUUAUACUUAUUUAUUUACUUAAUGUCUCUGCUAAUUCCCGUUUGGUGACUAUUAACUCUUCCAUGUCCACAAGCUUUUUGUAUUUAAAAAAAAGGGCAGUAUUAAUAUUUUAAUAUCUUUAACAUUUUUUUUCUUGGCUCUGUUUUCUGAAUAAGGCUAUGUGAAUAUGCUUUGCAUAACAAGACCAUUUCACACUUUGAUCUCUCUGCUUUCUGACAUUAUGUAUGAACUUUCCCCAGGGCUGCAGUUUACUCCUGCUUCACUCUUGCUUCUUCAGCACAUCAGCAUUCCUUACACUGUGCUGAUGUCUUUAUAGUUUCAAAUAGGCAAAAAGAGAGAAAAGCAGACAAUUUGUGUGCAUUCAAACACACAAUAAUGACCUAGGUGUUUGCAAGUAUAAGUACUAUUGCACUAGAAAGGUAAGUACAUUAAAAUCAGGGACAUUGAGGCUGAUUCUUUGAGCAUAAUUACAGUAAGUCAAAUGAUAACUUUUAGAAUAUAUAUAUAUAAAAAGGAAAUUGUUGCCAAUCCAAUGGAAACAUUUUUCUAAAUCAUUUAUUAAUUUUCUAUACCUUGUUUUGGCUAAGUACACACAAAAACCUGCAUUUUUUUAACAACUGUUCCUUCUCUGUUUAAAAAAUCACAUCCAUGCAACAAAAUUAUAAAAAAAAAAAACUCUAUUUGAAAAUCUACAGAUCUUAAAAUAUUCCUGACCUUUAAUAUAAAGGUGAAGUAGCUCAGUCAAAUUCAAACAGCAAUGUCAGGACAUGCAAAAAUUCUGUCGCCAUUCUUCCACCAAAAACAAAAACACAUCUUUUUCUCAAAGUUUUCCCAUGCAUUCAAGGACUGACCAGGUCUGACCCAAAGCUGGCUAUGCUGGCCCUGAAUUCCAUGAUGAAUUGUUGAUUGAUGAAUUUAAAUGUAUAACAAGAUCUUCUUUUUACAGUAUGUGCAAGCAUGUUAAAGUCCUGUUAGCAAGAUAGCAUCAGUGCUAUUUUGGCUCGGUCUGCUGUUGCCAGUAUUGUAACUGUAUCUUAAGAUGCAAACAUGAAAAGUCUUGUUAGCAAUAUAUGCAUUAGUGCUAUCGUGGAUAGACCUACUGUUGCCAUGUAAACUAAUGGUGAGAACAAACAACCUCCCAUUUGUAAAAGAAACCCGUUCCAUCAUGAGCACAGUUGUUCACGUACUUGUUUGUGUAAUCCGCUGCUUACCGGAGGAUUCCACUAAGGGGCACGUUAGAGAACUCAGACCAGAUAGAGUUGUCAUAUUUGUAGAGUGUAAACAAAAUGAUAAACAUGGCAAUAAUAGAGAAGGUUAGCAUUUGAUUCAUUUUUAAGAUCAUUCCAGAAAAAAACAGCUGUGGUAUUGUAGAUGGUAUGUAAGGAAUAAUUUCGAAUUUGGUCAACAAGCUAGUCUUUAAAACUUUCCAUCAUUUUAACCAAAACCUUACAAUAAUGCGCACAGACAACAGUACAAACAAAUGCAAAAUAUGCAAGGCAACCAUGAUGAACAUGCAUAACGCAUGAUUAAAAGCAAAUAUAUUCUCAGCCUAAGGGGAGAUUAGCACAUAUCCUAACAUUAAACCAAGGAGUUUGCGGUGCACAAUCUGAUGUCACAAGCCAAAAAUCCUGGUUUCCAAGUCCACACAUGAACAUUAAUGAAGUCGGUGAGAAUCUU